AGACCCACAGUCGCUCUCGAACCAGAGUCAGUGCAGCACUGAUUUUUGACUCCACACUCUACCCGACUUAUUGUUUUGAGUGAAGGGUCGUGGAUAUCAGCAACCAUGAAGGACCAGGAAACCACGGGUUGCCAGAAGAAACCGACUAAAUUGAGAAAUUUAAUCUACAAGACUGAAGCAUUUGACUCUCUUAAUCCGCGAGGGACCGAGAAAACUCUGUGCUCCGGACAAGUAUGUCUCGGGAGUAUCAUGACACUCCCCUUCCACGGGACUGAGCCGCGAAAAAAAGAGGAAAUCCUCGUCCACGCGAAGGACUUCCUGGACCAAUAUUUCACGUCCAUUCGGAGAUUGAACAGCGAUGCUCAUCACACCCGAUGGGAGAGCGUUCAGAAGGAGGUCCUGAUGACCGGUACCUAUCAACUCAGCGAGACAGAAUUAGUUUUCGGCGCUAAAUUGGCAUGGAGAAAUGCAGCACGAUGCAUAGGACGAAUUCAGUGGUCAAAACUCCAGGUUUUCGAUUGCCGUUACGUGACAACCACCAGCGGAAUGUUUGAAGCAAUAUGCAAUCACAUCAAGUACGGAACUAACAAAGGCAACAUAAGGUCUGCCAUCACGAUAUUCCCACAACGAACCGACGGCAAGCACGAUUACCGUGUCUGGAAUACACAGUUGAUCGGUUACGCUGGAUAUAAAAAUAAGGAUGGCAGUAUUCUCGGUGAUCCUGCAAAUGCGGAAUUCACUGAUUUAUGUCUCAAACUCGGAUGGAGAGGUCCGCGUUCGGGGAUACGGACUCGAUUCGAUGUUUUGCCGCUUGUUCUUUCAGCCAACGGACAUGAUCCUGAUUACUUUGACAUUCCGGCGGAGCUUAUUCUCGAAGUUCCUUUGAAACAUCCAACAUACGAAUGGUUCGAAGAAAUGCAAUUAAAGUGGUUUGCCGUACCCGCAGUCUCAUCAAUGGUCUUUGACUGCGGAGGUCUGGAAUUCACAGCAACUCCCUUCAACGGAUGGUACAUGAGCACCGAAAUUGGGGCGCGUGAUCUCUGUGACGUCAAUCGUUACAAUCUUCUCGAGACAAUAGCUAUUAACAUGGGCCUGGACACACGAACGCCAAUCACUCUCUGGAAAGAUAAAGCCAUGAUAGAAGCAAACGUCGCUGUUUUGUACAGCUUUCAGAUUAAGAACGUAACAAUAGUGGAUCAUCACACAGCAUCCGAAUCCUUCAUGAAACAUUACGAAAACGAGAUGAGACUGAGGAAGGGAUGUCCAGCUGACUGGUUGUGGAUUGUACCUCCACUAUCGGGCUCAGCAACACCCGUUUUCCACCAGGAAAUGGCGCUUUAUCACUUGAAGCCGUCGUAUGACGCCCAGGACCCGGCCUGGAAGACCCACGUCUGGAAAAAGGGCAGGGACAAGAAGUCGACGUCGAAAAAACCGAGGAGGAAGUUCCAUUUCAAGCAGAUUGCUCGGGCUGUCAAGUUCACAUCGAAAUUGUUUGGUCGUGCGCUAUCUCGUCGCAUAAAAGCGACUGUGCUGUUUGCGACUGAGACAGGCACGUCCCAGAUGUAUGCCGAGAAACUUGGCGAACUUCUUGGUCAUGCCUUUCAUUCACAAGUCCUCAACAUGGCUGAGUAUGAUAUCAGCAACAUCGAGCACGAGGCUCUUUUGCUCGUGAUUACUUCGACGUUUGGUAACGGCGAUCCACCGGAGAAUGGAGAGGUCUUUGCACAAAAUCUUUACGCCAUGAAGAUGAAUGAGACUUAUGUCAAUAGUGAAGCUAAAAUCAGUCUGGCAUCAUCAAAGUCCUUCAUCAAGGCCAACAGUCAGACCGAAGUCGGAAGUAUAAAAAAAUUGGACAGAUUGGACUCGCUCCGAGGUUCGACGACGGAGUCUCAAAAUGAAGACACAUUCGGACCGUUGAGUAACGUUAGGUUCGCUGUAUUUGCUCUCGGCUCAUCGGCCUAUCCGAACUUCUGCGCAUUCGGCCGAUAUGUGGAUAAUCUCCUCGGGGAGCUCGGGGGCGAACGCCUCCUUAAAUUGUCCCAGGGGGAUGAAAUGUGCGGACAAGAGCAGGCCUUCAGAAAAUGGGCGGCUGAUACUUUUGCCGUUGCGUGCGAGACCUUCUGUCUCGAUGACGACGAGACGCUGCUCGAGGUAGCGCUGUCACUCGGAUCUGAAGCCCUGUCGCGAUCCACUGUGAGGUUCGUCGACGCCGAUCCUCAACCGAUUGCCAAAUCUCUUAGCAAAUGUCAUAAUCGAAAUGUAACGACCUGCAAUAUGUUGAAGAAAACUGAUCUGAGUGGAGGGAUUGCUGGUGGAACGACUCUUCUUCUCGAGCUCGACGACCUCGCCAGCAUGGAAAUUCCAUACAAACCUGGCGAUCACCUGGGUGUCUUCGCUUGUAACAAAAUUGAACUGGUGGAGGGAAUCCUGGCGCGUAUGGAGGCCACAAUGAACUUCGACACUCCGAUGGAGCUUCAAACCCAGAAGCAGUCUCACACCCCGAACGGAAUUAUCAAGACGUGGGUUCCACACGAAAGAUUCUCGCCGAAUUCACUCAGAAUGCUUUUGACUCGAUUCCUGGACAUCACGACACCACCGACACCGAACUUGCUGAGAUACUUUUCGUCGAUAGCGACUAAUCAGAAGGAGAAGACGCAGUUGAAUCUUCUAGCAACUGACUCAGCGGCCUAUGAAGACUGGAAGCACUGGAAAUACCCGAAUUUAUUAGAGGUCCUUGUGGAAUUUCCGUCGGUGAAGCCCUACGCUCCUUUAUUUGUCCUCCACUUGACACCUCUUCAGCCCCGAUUCUACAGUAUUUCCUCAUCUCCACUGGUGCAUCAGGGACAGAUUCAUUUGACCGUUGCCAUUGUCCAAUACAAAUCACAGGGGGGAAGUGGACCAGUGCAUUACGGUGUCUGCUCCAAUUACUUGAACGAGAUAACGGACGGAGAGCCACUCUACGUGUUUGUCCGCAGUGCACCGAAUUUCUACAUGCCACCGAAUCCCGAGCCCCCCAUGAUACUCGUGGGUCCGGGCACAGGAAUCGCGCCCUUCCGGGGUUUCUGGCACCAUCGAAAUGCCCAGAAGUUACUCAACAAAAGUCAAGAGUUCGGGAAGAUCUGGCUCUUCUUCGGCUGCCGUCAAAGAUGUCUCGAUCUCUACCGGCAGGAGAAGAGGGAGAUGAUGGAGACAGGUGUCUUGGAUAGAGUAUUUUUGGCAUUGUCUCGUGAGACUGGAGUCAAGAAGACUUACGUGCAAGACAUGAUCCAAUCAGAAGCCUCACAAAUCUUCAAUAUGCUUGUGCAUGAGCAAGGACACUUCUACGUAUGUGGUGAUUGCACAAUGGCCGAAGAUGUGUAUCAAACCUUGAAGCUAAUUAUCCAAAUGCAUGGACACAUGAAUGAUAAGCAAGUCGAGGCUUACAUGCUGUCGCUGAGGGAUCAGAACAGGUACCACGAGGAUAUUUUCGGUAUCACAUUCCGAACGGCUGAGGUUCACAACAGAUCUCGCGAGACCGCGAGAAUACGUCUAGCUACUGAGCCAACAUCAAGCUGAAUUAUUGAAGAAACAUAUCAAAAGCCCUUGGAUGAAUCGAUUUAUUGAAUAUAUAAACUAAUACGAUCAAAAUGUAAUGAAAAUUUAAUCAAAGAUAACUGGAGUCUUCUUGUAUUUGUGACUGUCAAUCUUCUGGAACUGCAUGCUCUAUUUUUGAUGACGACUCACUAUUAAAUCGAGUCUGUAAUAUACUCAACAACUGAUUCCAUAUCAAUCGCACAAAUUUUUCUGUAGUCACUGGAUAAAUUAGAGGGAACAGAAUUUAAAAUAAUGGAGUACAAGGGGGAACUUGGAGAGUGAAUGUGAUCAUUUAUUGUAGCAUUUGAGUUCGUUUUUCUUAUGACAGUGGAGGUGUGCUUGAGAUGUACUGAGUGGAUUAGGGGUUUCGGGAAGUCUUGAAAAACUGUAAUUGGUGAGAAUAAAGACAUCACGAGCAGUAAAAUACGUGAAUAGAAUAAAUUUCCUUUCGUUUGUCGCCUUGGAUUUUUUAUUUGAAGAUUGAUGCAUGUAAUAAUAUAAUAUUCAUUACAAUAGUGAGCAGCUCAGUAGAAAUUAUGUUUAA